AUGCCUCUGUUUGGCACCCAUUUUGAGCAAACAAGUGGUCCAUUGAGUCAAUUCGGCCACAUUUUCGGCGAUAUUGACAAUCGGUGUUGGGAUGUAUUACCGAGAAAUGAGGGUAAAAUAAGUGCACAAAUGGCCCGCAUUUCCAUCGAAACGAUCAAACAUAAAUUCCCGACAAACAAGAAGUGCCUCAAAGUCUGGUCAAUGUGUUCGCCGUCUUCGACAUCACUGGCGGCCAAACACCUGAAGACAUGUCGCAUAUGUCUGACCGAUGACCACAUCUCACAGAUGGUGGAGCCGUGUCUGUGCGCCGGCUCUGCGGCUGCCGUUCACUACUAUUGUCUCAUUCAAUGGAUAUCUGUGUCCAGAAGUGAUGUCUGCGGUGUCUGUCGAUCGCAAUAUCGGUUCAUACGAUUGACACGACUGUCCCCUCCGUUUACCGCUUACGCCCUCGACGUCUAUAAUGACAUAAAACGGCACAAAAGAGCUGUCCUUUCGGCGAUUGUAAUUCAUCUAUUGAUGUAUACUUCUGGUUUCACUCAUCUGGUCGUUGAUUGUCAAGGAUUACAGGCACUGGCGGAUCAGUCAUCCGACUCUUUGCAUUCAAACCAUACCAUCAAAAUUCAAUGGGUGGUAAUGGUCAUAUCGGUGGCCGAGUCGAGUGAGCACGUGGUCGGGCAGUUGGCACCAGUGAUUGAGACACUCAUUUGGGACACACGUAGAGAUGAGAGGGAAUAG